AUGCCAUCGUCCGAGCAACCCAAUUCUCGACAGUGUUCAUUGCCGCAUAUCAUUGCGCAAGGUCAUGGCUACAAAUUGAGAUCUCUCAAUAAACAUUCCCGAUCGACGAGUUCGGUGGUCUCAAGGCUACGUGAACACUGGUCGGAAAGCGAUAGAGACGACAACAGAAGUGCAAAAACCACUGCUUUACACGGUGUUGGUAAUAUGAUGGUACACCAAGCAUUGCCUAUCAGUUGGGAUGCUUCUGACAUGACCGCACUUUCACCAGAACCACCCGCAACAAGUAGCGAACAGAAAAUUCAAUCUCGGGAAACUCCUCAGCCAUGGUCUGGACCAAGAGAAGGUGAAGGGCCUCUUGACCCUAUCUACGUUUUCCUCAUGAUUGCCGUACCCAUUAUCGUUGGGGCUUUAUUCACUUGUAUGUUUUGUUUGUGUUUUUGGAACAGAAGGAAGAUGAGAAAAGAGAGGAAUAGAGCACAAGAGGUGCCAUUAGACUCUCUGCCGCCCUACUCUAAUGAUCAGAAUCCUCCUGCAUAUGCGAAGUAA